UAAACGUAUUCACUUCACUACGAACAAGUACUUUGUUGAUUCACCUCGCCAUGGCGUCAAACUCGCAUCAAGACCCUCAAGAAUGCGAGAUGACCCGUAAUCAGCGCGGUCUAGUAGAAACGUGUUUUGAGGAGGGUCAAUACGAGUCUGGCAUCGCAGUGCUCGAACAGCUAAGGUCUAAAAACUUUAAGCCGCCGGUGUCUCUCGUACGUCAGCUCUUCUACAUCGCGUUGUAUCCCCCGCCACCAUCCCUUGAUCAUGUGGAAGAGCGCGAUCUCAAUCCUGCUUCGCCAUCAAAGGGCUCCCCUACAAAAACAAAGCACCAGGCACCAAAAAUGACCUUUGCUCCUUCAGUCAAUGCAUCAGAAGCCGCGCAACGCUUGCUAUUAUCUUUCGUUAGAACAAAUACACCUACAUCUCUUUUCCAGGCUUUGCCACAACCGGGCAAGAGCGACGAAUUACCAUUCGAAGGUGAUGAUCACGACUCUGUUGUAGCAAAGGAGUCCCUGUGCAUUAAGGACGCGAAGCACUGCUGGGCAAUACUCAAGGAGGGUUUCGUACCGCGAAUAAAAAUCUCUCAGCCGUCCCUACUAGCAGGGAAGAAGAAACGCGGAAAACUCAUCGCUAAUACUGAAGAAUAUGUAGAGGAAAAAUACAGCAAUUCUGUUCUCGCUCUUGUUGCAGAGCAUGCCUGGUUAGUCUUGCAGUGGCUGGUCGAGCUUUUUCAGCGGGACGAAUCUUUGGCAUCUGGGGAUGGUUCAGUGAAGCAUUCACCAUUAUUGUUGUUGCAGAUUCCCUCGCCAAGAAGUGGUACUGGUCUUCGGUGGGAAGCUGAUGCACCCCUGGAUAUCGUGUUCUAUUGUAUUUCGCAAGGUCAACCACAGCGACGACAGCUGGGUCUUGAACUGAUGGCUUUGCUCGUCGGGAUUUGUCUAACAGCAGAAUUUGAUUUCAACAUGUUUCUUGAACAAGUCACGUCACGAUUAUACUCAGCCUCCCCAGAGAUCGUCCAGACUUUCAUGUCUGGCUUUCAUCUGUCACGUUCAGCGCAACUGUUCAAACUAGCGCUCUGCCGCAAAUUCCUUUCCGAUGAAUCGGGUGGGAGAAACCCACCCAGCCGUCGCCCCAAGCCACAAGCGCGAGCUGUGAGAGCAGCGCGAGGCACUGCCGCUGCGAGAGAACAGAAUCUGUCAUCCACCAGUGCAAAUGACUCGUCAGCCUCCUUUUCCGCGAGUAAAAUUUCUAUGCCUCCUAGCGGUGAUAUCGUCCACCUUCUUACGGGGCCUAACGGACGUACUUCUCCUGCAAUUAUAACUGUGAAAAAGGAGCUUCUUAUUUCGUAUGCCUACCUGCAGCAGAUCGCGGAACAACGGGAUGUGGAAUGGCAGCAAUUAGCAACAGAUGGGCGUCUCGAAGACCAAGUCAAUUCGGUGUUUGGUGGAGAGAGCUAUGCUCAGCAAGACAGAGAUGCUCUAAUUAGUCUUGUGAGAGUCUGGGCCAUGAAUUAAUGCGAGUAAGGCAUAAGCCAAUGUCUUGUGGGACCAUCCUCCACGGAGCGUGUUAUCUAUUAUUCAUACCCCUCAUGAGGAUGGUCAAUGCUAUGUAUGCGUCCAGAUUCUAGCCAGAUGGACGAAGUCAACAUAUCCUGCGGUCGGCGGCCUCAGACUGAUGAGAUGGGUGCAAUACUCCCUUAAUUUCUGCUCUAAUUUUGACAAGCUUAAAUAAAGUGCAUAAUGUCCUCUGUCACCAUGUACCUGCACUUGUGGUGAUCUGCAACCGACUUUUCUGCUUGGGUGUUUGUAGAUCAAGGGCAGUUCGAAUAAUAGACCCUUACGCAUAUCGAUGUGAAAUAUAACGUGUCCAUGCGAGA